AUGGCUUCAGGAGGUUCAGGUCAGGGCAACGGAGGACAGGCUGGAGAUGACAAGUUCAUGACGGAGUGGAAAAAUAUGAAGGCGUUGCUUGUGGACUUGGUGGACAAAAACGCAGAGCUAAGAACGGAAAUACAAGAACAAAAGAAGGCGUUACAGGCGAAAGGAAGUCAGGGACCAGUCAAAAUGAAGACGGGCGCAACCCAAAAGGACGUCAGCUCGAAGGGAGCGAUACCGAAGAGAGGAGAGGGAUCAACGUCGACUUCAUCCGGCAUUCCGCAAGAGGAAUGGGAAGCCAUGAAGGAGAUACUGCGGACGAUCAUGCUGCAACAGAGCUCAGCAUCAGCAAACAACAACAACGUACCUCCUAGGAACAAUCCUCAGCCAGGCCGAGGAAGCGGAAAUCCACGCCAAUCUCCACCGCCGUACCCACCGAGUUACGAGGGCGACUACAGCGACUCAUCUAGCUCGAGAGGAGGUGCUCGAGGAGGCCAUCGGUAUCGAGAUCAACCAGGACGAGUCGACGGGCGAAUCGACAAAUGGAAGAUCCGAUUCUCAGGCGAUUCCAAUGUAUCCGUGGAGAAUUUUCUUUACAAGGCGAAGAAACUAGCGGAACGGGAAGAAAUUCCGCCGUGGGAGCUACUCCGGAACAUUCACAAGCUGCUUGAAGGAACCGCCGAAGACUGGUUUUUCACUUACGCGGACGAUUUCGACUGUUGGCGAACGUUCGAGUGCAAGUUCACGCACCGGUUCGGCAAUCCCAACAAGGACCAGGGAAUCCGAUCAACCAUGAAAUACCGGAAGCAGCAACGGGGAGAGGCGUUCAAAGCAUUUGUAGAUGAGAUCGUGAGGUUGAACCGGCUGCUGACAAACCCGUUACCGCAGGACAGGCUGUACGAGACCAUCUGGGACAACAUGAGGGAUCACUACAAGACAAAGAUUGCCGUAGUUGGGGUAGGAGACUUGGACCAACUGUUGGAAAUCAACCACCGGAUCGACGCAGCGGACAGCUCGAUCAAGCAGCAAGCAGACGGCUCAGGCGAGUUUUCCAAUCAGCGCCACGUGAAUCACGUGGAAGUUGAUGAGUAUGGAAGCGAAGAGGACGGAGCAUCGGUCAACGCCAUCAGAGGUCAACAGAGCAGCUACAGGCCGCCGUGCAGUUCGGCGAGUCAGGACCAGCAACGAUCGACAAGUGCGUACCGUAAUCCGUACCGAUCGAGACCGCAGCAGCAACCCAGAGAACAAGCACAUCACCAACAACAACCUCAAGAUCAACUACAACAACAACCGCAGCAUUUGAUCAAUCAAACGCGACAGGCAGACGCGACUCAAGCGGCGAACCCACUUCCGGUAGAGACCAGCGGAGCCACAGCUCAACUUUUGUGCUGGAACUGCUUGGUUCACGGGCACAGCUGGCGCCAAUGCAGCAAGCCGAAGGUGAUUUUCUGCUACGGGUGUGGCUGUUUGGGAAGAACGAUCACGAACUUCUACCAAGUCAAAAUUCAGGCCAACAAAUGUCCGCACAUCCGAGUCAACAUCUUCGACACGCAGGUCGACGCGCUUUUAGACUCUGGAGCGGGAAUCAGCAUUCUGAACUCGCUGGACAUCAUCGAUCAGUACCGCUUGAAGAUUCAACCGGCGGCCAUCCGAGUAUCGACCGCGGACGGAUCGAACUACGGCUGCUUGGGAUUUGUAAAUUUGCCGUUUACGUUCAAGAACACGACGCGAGUGAUUCCAACCAUUGUCGUCCCGGAGAUCUCUCGGAAACUAAUACUCGGAGCCGAUUUCUGGGAGGCGUUCGGGAUCAAGCCGAUGAUCGACCUCGGUCAAGGACCAGAAAGCGUCGAGAUGGUCGAGCAGGACGACGACGCACUUCUCUGCUUCACGAUCGAGCCGUCGGAGACAACGCUAACGUUGGAAGAACCCGAGGAGGAGGACACGCUGGACAUUCCGGUGUACGAAGGUCCUACCGAGUCCGUUCCGGAUCCGGAUGCGAUCGAGACCGAGCACGUCCUGACGACCGAACAACGCCGACAACUGUCCGAAGUCAUUCGUGCAUUCGAGUUGACGUCGACCGGGAAGUUAGGUCGCACACACCUCAUCGAGCACGAGAUUGUGCUGAAGGAAGGAGCAAAACCGAGGAACCCGCCCAUGUACCGCUGUUCACCGUACGUUCAGCAAGCGAUCAACGCCGAGGUGGAACGGUUCAAGAAGCUGGACGCGAUCGAGGAAUGCUACAGCGAAUGGACCAAUCCGCUUGUUCCGGUGCCGAAAAAGAACGGGAAAGUUCGAGUCUGUCUCGAUUCGCGAAAGAUCAACAAGUUGACGGUCAAGGAUAGCUACCCAAUGCGGAACAUGCAAGAUAUAUUCCGACGGUUGGGCAAGGCUACAGGAGUCUUCCGGUUCAAAGUCCUUCCGUUCGGGCUGAUGAAUGCGCCGUUCACGAUGUCCCGACUGAUGGCCAAGGCAAUUGGUUCAGACCUAGAGCCUAACGUCUUCGUCUAUCUGGACGACAUCGUGAUCGCGGCGAGUUCCUUCGACGAGCACCUGCGGUUGCUUCGACUGGUGGCGGAACGACUUCGAAAGGCCGGGUUGACUAUCUCGCUCGAGAAAUCUCGUUUCUUCCGCAAGCAGGUCAUGUACUUGGGGUACCUCCUCAACGAGCACGGAGUGGCCAUCGACAAAAGCCGGAUUCAACCGAUCCUCGACUACGCACAGCCGCGGACGCAGGAGGACAUCCGAAGGUUAAUGGGCCUCGCCGGGUUCUACCAACGGUUCAUCAAGGACUACAGUAGAAUGACGGCGCCGAUCACCGACUUGUUGACCAAAGAGAACAAACGCUUCACGUGGACUAAAGAGGCAGAAGACGGGUUUCGGGAGCUCAAAGCAGUCCUGACCUCCGCGCCGAUCUUGGGAAACCCUGACUUCUCGAAGCUGUUCACCAUCGAGUCGGACGCGUCAGACCGAGCGGUAGGAGCGGCGCUGGUCCAAGAGCAAGACGGCGUCACGCGCGUCAUCAGCUACUUCAGCAAGAAGCUCAACCGAACACAGCGGCGAUAUUCAGCAGUAGAAAAGGAGUGCCUCGGCGUAUUAAGCUUGCUCUGGUUGUUCAACGUCGGCGCAGAGACGGGCAACGCAAAGCUGCUGAGAUGGGCGUUGAGGAUUCAAGCCUACGACUUCGACCUCGAGUACCGGAAAGGGAAAGCGAACAUCACGGCCGACUGCAUGUCACGCUCGAUCGAAGUGGACGCCGUUCGCGUCACGCUUCCGGACGACGAGUACGAAGAGCAGAUCGAGAACAUCACCGGGAACCCAACGAAGUUCAGUGACUACCGGGUGAUCGACGGACGGAUCUUCCGCUACGUGAAAUCGCCUAACCGUCAGACCGAUCCACGGUUCAGCUGGAAGCUGCUGCCGCCGCGAGCAGAACGCAAGGAGAUUAUCACGAAGGUUCACGACCAAGCUCACUUCGGUUUCGAAAAGACGCUGGCAUCACUGAAGGAGCGACACGAUUGGCCGAAAAUGCGAGAAGAAGUUCGGAAGCACUGCCGCGAAUGCCUACAGUGCCAGUUCAUCACGCUCGACUACGUCGGUCCGCUACCCGCCUCGGGCAAGAACAGGAACACAUGCCUGCUCGUCGUGACCGAUGUGUUCAGCAAGUUUGUUCUCGUGCAACCGUUCCGCGAGGCGAAAGCACACUCGCUCACAGAGUUUGUCGAAAACAACUUCAAAACCCUUCUCGAGGCGUACCACGUCCAGCACUGGCUGACCCCGGCGUACCACCCUCAGGUGAACAACACCGAGCGGGUAAACCGGGUGAUCACCACGGCCAUCAGGGCGACGUUGAAGAAAGACCACAAACAUUGGGCCGACAACCUUCAGGACAUCGCGGACGCCAUCCGUAACGCUGUACACGAUUCGACACACUACAGUCCAUACUUCGUGGUCUUCGGCCGGAACAAAGUGUCCGACGGCCGGGAGUACAGCUGGAUCAGAGACAAUUACGAGCCGAGCGACGACGACAAGGACGUUCCAGAGCAGAAGAAGAAGCUGUUCGAAGAGAUCAAAAGAACCUGA